GAGGACCGCUGUCACUCAGCCCCGCGGGCCAAUAGGAGAGGGGCUGGCCCCGCCUCCUACACGGGCUGCGCCGCGCGCAUGCGUCCUGGCCGUCCCCGCGCCUCCGCCCGUAGCCGAGAAUUGCUGCGGGGCGCUUUGGGGCCCGCGGGUGACCACGGCCGGAGGAGGAAGAGGACGCCUGGGAGGUCCCGGUAACUCCUUAGAAAGCUGCACAGCCCACCAACAUCUGAUAAAAUCAGGGAAUAAGCACAGCAGUCAUGUCGUACACUCCAGGAAUUGGUGGUGACCCCGCCCAGCUGGCCCAGCGAAUCUCUGCCAACAUCCAGAAGAUCACACAGCGUUCUGUGGAAAUACAGAGAACUCUGAAUCAACUUGGAACACCUGAAGAUUCACCUGAAUUGAGGCAACAGCUGCAACAGAAGCAGCAGUAUACUAACCAACUUGCCAAAGAAACAGAUAAGUACAUUAAAGAGUUUGGAUCUCUGCCUACCACCCCCAGUGAACAGCGUCAAAGGAAAAUACAAAAGGAUCGCUUAGUGGCUGAGUUUACAACAUCACUGACAAACUUCCAGAAGGUCCAGAGACAGGCAGCUGAGCGAGAGAAAGAGUUUGUUGCUCGAGUAAGAGCCAGUUCCAGAGUAUCUGGUGGUUUUCCUGAGGACAGUUCAAAAGAAAGGAAUCUUGUAUCUUGGGAAAGCCAAACUCAACCGCAAGUACAGGUGCAGGAUGAAGAAAUUACAGAAGAUGAUCUCCGCCUUAUUCAUGAGAGAGAGUCUUCUAUCAGGCAACUUGAAGCUGAUAUUAUGGAUAUUAAUGAAAUAUUUAAAGAUCUGGGAAUGAUGAUUCAUGAACAAGGAGAUGUAAUAGAUAGCAUAGAGGCCAAUGUAGAAAAUGCAGAAGUACACGUUCAACAAGCAAAUCAACAACUGUCGAGGGCAGCAGAUUAUCAGCGCAAGUCCAGAAAAACCCUCUGCAUCAUCAUUUUUAUCCUUGUCAUUGGAGUUGUGUUUAUCGGUCUCCUCAUAUGGGGUUUGAAGAGUUAAAACUAUAAAGAAGCACACUAUUGCACUACAUUAUCUAAAUUAUGUAGGAAGAUUCCUGUCAUGGUUGUUUUUAAUUAUUAUUUUGAAGCUAUUGUGUAAAGGAUGGUUCCCAUACUUUGUUAUUUUUAUGGGGGGGGGAUUCCUUUGGAUUAAAUCUGAUAUUUUCUAAUACUGAAAGUUUUUCUAAAACGUUACUGACGUAGCUCUACCAUGCUGUUCAAUUUAAUAACUGUUAAGUUUUUGCCCACAUUGUAUAUUUCUUUCCUUUAUAAUUUAUUUACCUUGCUUGAUUUAGUUUUUGAAAUUAAUAAAUUUAAAGGUGUGUGUGUUUAUUGUGCAUCACUCUGUCACCAUGUAACAUGCACCCAGAUUUCUGUUAUGUCAGUUUUAAAAAUCUCAAAUUUAAUUUUGAAUUAGUCCAACAAAGAAAAUAUUCUCAAAAACUUAAAAAAAUUAGCAUAACUGUUUGUGGAUUGUUGGGUUUUUUUGGUCUAGUACACAACAGCACAAAUAAUUGAUUUCACUUUUAUUGUUGGUUUUCUUUUAAGACCCUUUUUAACGCUGAAUGAAAUCAGUGAAUAAUUUUGUAGUAUAUUUCAUAUUCCUGAUGUGUAUAUAUUAAACCUUUGCUGUAGAUUACCUAGUAAAAAUACUAAGGAUAGAUUGUUUUUACAUAUGAUCUAUUUAAGUCUGAUGUUUACCAGGGAAAGUGUAGUUACUAUAAAUGUUUAAUGUAAUUUGGAGGAAGAAUAUGAAAAAUCAGUACCAAUACCUUUUGUGUUUGAAUUCAAAAGAAUCCCAACUUGUUAUUCCACUAAAACAUCUUAAAAAUACUGUCCGGUUUUGUGGGCCAUUAUUUUCCUUCACUUAUGUCCUUUAGGCUAAUGGUUAUAUAAGUUUCUUUGGGUCAAAAUUUCUUUAAGGAGUAACUUUCCCACAAUUACUGUUUUUGAGUACCUGACACUUAAAAUUUAGUGUUCACCUUGUGUGCCAUUUUGUAUCAUCAUUAGAAAAGCAAUUAGAUGUUGGCCAAUUAACUCACUUGCCUUGUUUUAAUGCACUAACCUGAAUACUAUAAAGAGGAUUAUCUUAGUUUAUAGUUUGUAUUUUAUAUUGUUCUUAUAUAGCAGUUUGGCAGUGAAAGCAAUGUUUAACUUGGCAAGCUCUGAGACCUCAAAUGGGAACAAAUAAAAUAGUAACUAAGUAAACUGCAUCUUUAUGACCAGAAUAAAAAAGACUUAAAAGGUAUCUGGAUAGGCCUUUCAUGAGAACUGUGCUUCCAUGGGACCAACGCUUACCUCACUUGGUGCUGUGCUGCCUGAAAUUUCAACACCAGAAAUGGCAUCACGUGCUCUGUGGCCAUUCUGCAUCUUUCUGGAGCACUGGUUUAAUCAAAAAUUUUAUUUUGGAGAGUCACUAAUUUUGCUUGUUUUUUCACUAAUAGGUAAAAGUUGCUUUGUGUGUCAACAAAACUUCAUUUUUUCCACAAGCGUGACUAUAGAAAACUUUUUUUGUGAGUGGUUGCAACUUAGAGACUUUGUUCUGAUCUGGGAGAUGCAGAGAGGAGAAUGGACAAAAACUACCCGUUCUGAGGUCACUGCCAGCCCCUGGCCUGUUUAGACAUGGUCUUUGCAAGUACACAGAGGUACAUGCUUUUUCAUGUGAUAAGCUGUAUCUUAUGGCUAUAUGGAUGAAAGUCUCGAUGGCUUUCACAAAUCAGUUCAGUCUUUUGUCACAGCUGUACUUGAUAAAAUGUUUAUUCUCAUACAGGCCGAGUGCAUUUAUUUCUAUUCAUUUCACAGUGAGUUCCUAGUAACAAAAGUACUUAAAUUUUUUUAUUGUGAUUUUAAUACCUUUAUUGAAAGUGUAGUCCUUUAAAUUAUUGUAACUGGGUCACUUAUCAGUUACUUAAAACAGGAACUUUAGUGGCUUGCAUUCUUUUAAGAAACAUACUAAUUAUGAGGGGAAGAUGUACACAAAAUAUUUGGAACACAAAGAGAAUAGUCUUGAUUAGAAAAAAAAAUGAAAAACAUAGAACAGUAGCCAAAUAUUCUUAAAAAUCUUGAAAUUUUUCUCUAGGUCAGUUUUAGAAUUGCUAUGAAAGAUGAAGGUUGUACUAUGGAAAAUAUAAUUAAAGUUGUUUUUGUGACUGA